CCGGCGAGUGAUAACUUCCGCCUUUCCUCACGGCCGUCCAUUCAAGGUCGACAGCCGGAACUUUCUGCGCUCGCCUUCGCAACGGCAGGGCCGCGGGGGCUCUCAUCGUCUGCGCUCAUUCGGAAGCCAUCUUGCGUCGCGUCGACAUCCACCUAAGAGAGCCACAUCGUAUAAGUAACCAGGCGCCUGGAGUUCACUCGCCGAUCUUUGGAAAUGGAUCCACUGACCGCGCAGCAAACGGCCGCGUACUUGGCUCGUAUCGGCGUUCCCAAGCGAGAGCCCUUCACCGCAAACAUCGACACGCUUCGUACUCUCAUGGAAGCGCACCUGCAACGCGUGACCUUCGAGAACGUCGACGUCUUGCUGGGCCGAACAAUUGCACUCGAUGUCAACUCGCUGUUCGCCAAGAUUGUCGAAAGCGGACGCGGCGGCUACUGCUUCGAGCUCAACUCACUGUUCGCCCGUCUUCUCCAAGCGCUGGGCUACCGGCUUCGUCUUCGCGCGGCUCGCGUUCGCAGGGGUCUUCCUCGGGAUGCACCGAUGCCGCUGCAGCAGCACGUGGUACUCGUAGUGGAGCUCCCUGAGGGCGACCACCUCGUCGACGUCGGAUUCGGUUUGGCCACUCCGUACUUUCCUCUGCCCCUGAAAGAAACGGAAGAGAACGCCGACCACCCGUACAGGCUACGGAUGCUGGGCGCUGACGAAGACUGCGACCCGGGUACGCUGGAACUUUGCGUCCGAGGCCGCGAUGACUGGAUACAGAUGUACCGCAUCGAACCCCGUGAUCAGCGUUGGCGUGACUGCGUGCCCCUCAACUGGUACACGUGCACUAAUCCCGAUUCUAUAAUGCGACGUAUGCUCAUGAUGGGUCGCACUGAUGGCGAAGCAUGGCUAACCUUGUUCAACGGUCGCUACAGGCGCCGCCUGCGUGGUUCUGGUUGCGACGCCGUAGAGAAGCGGGAUAUAAGGGAUGCCGACGAAUUGCUUAACCUUAUGCAGAAUAAGUUCCACCUUCGCUUGUGUUCCGAGAAAGAUUUGGAAGCCCUGCGUGCUGUCUUGGCAACGCUUGUCGUCGAGGAAGCUUGACAUUGCACAAUUGACGGCUGUCGUGUUGUGAACACGCCGAACUCCCAUAAGCGACAGACGUUGGGGGGCCUUAACGACGUACAGAGGACGGGAACUGUAGGUAAUGCUGCAGGAACAACUGCUACGUACUAUCAUUACUGAAUGCUUGAGUGCAGCGCGCAUAGUAAUCGAUCUUUCAGUAUUUUUUAGCGACGAGACCUACGCGCUAAUUACGACCUGCACACACUAUACUACGCUAUAUUUUUCUGCUGUGAUGACGCCUUGAGACAAGGGUAAAUCCAUGAUAGCAACAGCGGAGUGGGGAUUGGAGAGUAGCAUCAAAGCAAAACAGAGAGAAAAUUAACGGGCAUGUUAGAAUUGUAGGGAAACUACGUAAUAAAUAAGCGGUUAAUUAAAUUCCGUACAAGUGAAUGCGGAGCGUACAGUUGUUUUUCAUCCUAGGCGACGUAUAACAUGAUGCAGUGUUUAUGCAGUGCACCAUUCACAAGUUGCGGUGAAGAACAAAAACCAAAUCAGGCGGGUACUCGCUGUGAGCCAUCGACGCAGCGACGUCACGAGGACCACGGCGAUGUAUAUUUGUCCAAGGAAGAAGGCUGAUGAGAAGUACAUGAACAAAGGAUUGCACACACGUAAAUAGUAGGGAUGUUCGUUUAGUGGAAUCGCCAAAUUGAACACGAAUAUUCGAGGGAAGCGACAUUGUAAUAGUGAAUCGAACAUAUAAUAUUAUCACAUUUCUCAAUAAACUGAAUUAUAAUGUU